UUCAGGUGAAGGUUAUACUUGUAAACAGGUUAUGCUCUCCAUUACUGAAGGAAUAAAACGUUUCUCUCUAUCUGCCUAUCCAUGACCUUUACAGCAUUCAUGCUGUAAUCAUUUACACGUUUGCAAUACAGAUAUUUACGCAUCAUUUCAUUUUGAAGGAUACAAUUCUACGGUGUAAUUGAUAAUUAAGAAACGUGAUAGUUUUAAAUUGAAGUGAAAACUCUAACAGAGGCAUCAUGAAAUUAUCAUUCGAUUCUACAAAACUACUAAAGCUGACUGCAACAAGUAGUGCAGGACUAUUUUCCGGGGCAGCACUUUAUAUCAACGCCGCCGACCAUCCUUCUCGAAUGACGUUAGACGUCGUUAGUUGCAGACAGCACUGGAUGCAGGCGUAUUUGAGGGCAAAGACAUUUCAGGGAGCGUUUUGUGCCGUCGGAUCUUUGUCCGGUGCGGCAGUGUUUUUCUUAGAACCGGAAGCUGAGAACCGGAUCUUAUGGUUACUUGGUUCCGGUAUAUUUAUCCUCGUGUUUCCAUGGACAUUGCUCGUCAUGGGGUCAGACAUCAAGAAAAAUCUUAAGGAAGACGUCAUUGAAACUGCUGGUGAGACGUGGGUUAUUUCCCAUAUUAAUAAAUGGAACAAACAACAUAUGGCAAGAACCUUCUUCGGAAUGGCAGCUUUCAAGUUAUUUCUGUUGGCGUUGGCAAACUGACCGGAUAUUUUGAACACCAUUUUAGGUUGUGUACUGCAACAGAGUGUUUGUGUGAAUAGUGUUUCUCCAGUUAAAUCAUGCUUUAGGAUUUAGAUUGAGUGCUUUCGAUUUGAGGUUUUUGAGAAGUGUAUACAAGUAAAAAACAGCCUUUAAGCUUCAAUAAGCUACAGUGUAUUCUAUAAAUCAAACUAACAUGAGAAAAAUAGUACAUGAUAUUUGUUUUUGUAAUGUUAACAAAACAUCUUAGGAUGUUACUGUGGCCGUAUUCAUAAAGCUGAUUGAUAGUAUUUUCAACUUAGUUUUGGACAAAGAUAAUAUAACAUGCCCUCUACUUUUCAUCCAAUUUGUUCAUAUGCAUAUACGGUUUAGAAUAUUUUCUUGCUUAUUUCCAUUUUUUUGGUGUAUAAACAUGGUUCGUUUUCUAUA